AUGAUCAACACCAAAAGAUUCAUCGAAGUGGCAAGGAGGUGGCAAAGCAUAGCUACCAAAGGGAGGAAAAGACUUUCAUUUCCAAGAAUCAAUGGUGAUGGGAGUGUAUCCAGUUCCAAGGCAUCAUCUGUGCCAAGUAAAGGCCAUUUUGUUGUCUACUCUAGUGAUCAGAAACAUUUUGCAAUACCCUCAACAUAUCUUUAUAGUGAUAUUUUCCAAGGGCUUUUCAAAAUGUCAGAAGAAGAGUAUGGACUACAAAGUGAAGGUCCAAUCACAAUGCCAUGUGAUUCAAUCAUAAUGGAAUAUAUAGUCUCAAUCAUCAAGGCAGCUCUAGCAAAGGAGCUAGAGAAGAUUUGCUUAACUCUUUAG